AUGACGGCAGCCAAGCAACAAACCCCUGCUCAGAAAAAGGCCUCCAGCUCAUACAAGCCCCAGCCGAUCGUACUCACCGCUCUCGACGGAUACCUACUCAGCGGCUCCCUCUUCCUCCCUCCAGGGCCCAUCGUCACCUCCCGCCCUCCUACCUCUCAACCCUCCAACCAUGACAACUCCAACCUCGCCGGGGGUGCAACCCACAAGCAGGACGUCGAGGCCCUGACAAAGGUCGUCAUCAUCAGUGCCGCCACAGCCACGAUCCAGGAUUUCUAUUUCAAGUUUGCGAUCUACCUCUCUCAGGAACUUGGCUUCAUCGUUGUUUCCUACGACAACCGAGGCAUCGGUCGCUCCCUCCCUGGAUCUGAAUCGCUCCAAUUCCUCAAGGCUGCCGCCGACAAUGGACCCCUCCCCACCACCGGCAGUACCGCAUCGCCACCUUUGCCUCCCAAGUCGACUUCAGCCAGCAAUGGAUCGGCAGCAGCGGACACGUCGAUCGACAAAGAUAAAAAGAAGAAGGACGACAAGAAGAAAAAGAACCCAUUGAUCGGAUUCGAGGCGACGAUCGUAGAAUGGUCGACCAAGGAUCUCCCCGGCGUUUUCAACUAUGUCCUCCAGCAUUUCCCCGACAGCCCCACACUCUAUGUCGGACAUUCGGUCGGAGGACACAUCUUGCCAGGACUCGACUCUUACUAUACCCGGAAUCUGGAGCGUGUCCUCUUUGUCAGUGUCACGUCGGCCUACUGGCGCCACAUGAACAGCCCGUUGUUCACCUACUGGUUCUUCCACAUGGCGUCGCCGAUCGUCAACAGGCACUAUGGAUACUACCCGGGCAAGACGUUCUGGGGCUCGAUGGAGGACAUGCCGACAGGAUGUCAAGAGACAUGGGGAUUCUGGAGCAAGCACAGGGAUUAUAUGCUGGGCGGGAACCCCGAGUGGAAGCCCAACUUUGACCUGUUCAAGGUGCCGAUCUAUUCGCUUUACUUUUCGGACGACGAUUACUCGUCGACGUCCGCGCCGAUCAUUAUGGAUUUGAUCCCCAACACGCAGAGGCGCUGUGUUGGUGUGAAGCCAGUCGAGGACUUGAACAUGAAAAAGGUCGGACAUAUGGGGUUCUUUUUCAAUUCGUGCAAGCAAAAGCUGUGGAACUCCGUUGUCCGGUCGUGGUUCGUCGAUGGUCGUGCGCUGGACAUCGAGGCCAUCCGGGAGCAUGCCGCCUUGGAGAGCAGCUAUGCUCGCUUGUAA